UCCAGGGUCGGCCGUGGCCCCAUCAGUUGUGAAAGAUUUGGGACUCGGUGAUGGGACUUGCAGUGGAGCUCACCUUCCUCCUCCUUGUGGAUCUAAUCCUGGCGCAGAGGCCCCUCCACGGAAUGCUGCAUCCCGACGCGCUGCUCCACAGCUCCAGGCGCGCCGCGCAGGAUGCUCAGCAUCACCAGCCCGGCGCACUGCCGCUCUACAUGAUGCAGCUCUAUCAGACCAUGCUGACUGAGGGUCGGGACGCAGCUGUCCAACUCGAGCAAAGCAGCCUCCAGGAGGCUGAUUCUGUGACCAGCCUGAACGCUAGAAGCUGCCAGCAGGUUGGUAACAGAUGGUCUGUCACAUUUGACAUGUCUUCCAUGACUGCAAGUGACAACAUCCAACAAGCUGAACUCCACAUCCAUCUGCCUACCUUCUCCCAGUCCUCCAUCGCCUUUGUACAGGUCUUUCACUCCAGCAGGAACCGGUGUUUUAACGCACACUGCAAAGAAAACAAGCUUCUCCUCGGUCAGUUUCAAGCUAAUCCGAGCUCAAUGGCUUCAUCCUCCCCAUGGAGAGUCUUCAACAUGACAGAAAUGCUCCUUCUCUGGGUGCAGCCGGUGAAGAGGAGAGCAGAGGAUGAAGCUGAAGUGCAGGAAGAGCAGGAGCCAGUCCAGCACCCCACAGCUAAUAGGGUCAUGAUGGUGGUGUUCUCAAGACAGAACCAUAACGGCCAACACAAGCCAACGCUGAUCCGCACUGCGGAGCAUUCCAAAUAUGUCCAGCUGGAGAGGGAGCGAGUUAGCCCCAUGAUGAGGAGGCGCAGAGACAAGAGGGAACAACACAGCCUGGAAGGACAAUCCAAGAAAAGAGCUGCAAGAAGGGAGAACAAAGGUCCGCUAUGCAGAAGAGUGGACAUGGCAGUGGACUUUAGAAGGCUUGGAUGGAGUGAAUGGAUUGUGUAUCCAAAACGAUACAAUGCUCAUCGCUGUGAGGGGAGCUGUCCCACACCCGUUGAUGAGAACUUUAGACCAACUAACCAUGCAUUCAUGCAGAGUUUGCUGAAGCUUCACCGCCCGGACAAGGUGGCAUGUCUUUCCUGCGUGCCCACACGCCUGGCGCCUCUUUCCAUGCUGUACUACGAGCACGGGAAGAUGGUGAUGAGGCAUCAUGAGGACAUGGUAGUAGAGGAAUGCGGCUGCCACUGAGUAAAACGCCAGCACCUCCUCAGAUGAGAGGAGGGAAUCAGGGACUGUAGAUCCAGAGACCUGAGCCCAUCUGAAGCUCAGUGGAUUUAUGUACACAGGCACUUCACAGAGAGGACAUCCCUCACACUGGACUGCUGCUGAGAUGGAAAGUGUGAACAUUUGUCACUGAUGAAUUUUCAUCACCAGCCAUUAAAUAAACAUAUGCUGUAAGUUCUGAAAGGAUGUAGUCAUUGACUGAAGCACUACUGUACAUCCACGCAAAAACUUUGGUUCCUUUUAACGCCUGAGCAUACAUGCAUCUGAGGAACUGACAAACGCCCAAGUGAUAUGGGUUUGUUGAGACAUACUGAUCCAAUUGUACAAUGAAACAAUAAAUUAUUUCAACUG